GGAUUAGUGGAGCUGGGCCUGUUUUGGUCUUUUCUGCUGUAGGGCCCUGAGAUGCUGCUGCACGAUGGCUGAAACGUUUGGUUUGUUUGUUUGUUUUUUUUCUUAUAGGGUGGGCUGCACGGUGCGUGGUGGCCUCUUCUCUCCCGGUCGGUGUUGACGGUCCCCGGGGUCCCUUAGAGUGUUUUGGUGUCUGAAGGAUGGACUUGUCAGUGAUUGCCAUUGGAGAUGUGCAAAAUGUGCUUUCAGCCAUGCAGAAGAACUUGGAGUGUCCAGUCUGUUUGGAUGUAAUAAAAGAGCCAGUCUCAACAAAAUGUGAUCACAUAUUCUGCAGGUUUUGCAUGUUUAAACUCCUCAGCAAAAAGAAAAAGGGUGUAAUACAGUGUCCUCUGUGUAAGACUGAAGUUACCAAGAGAAGUCUCAAAGAAAAUUCCAGAUUUAAGCAGCUGAUUGAAGGAUUGUUAGAAGCUAUCAGUGCAUUUGAGCUUGACACUGGAGUAAAAUUUUUAAGCAGUCAUUUUCCUAAAACACCCACAGAAGCUGCUAGUGCCGAGCUCCUGGGUAAUAACCGUUCUGUCAUCCAGAGUAAGGGUUUCAGAAACAGGAAAAUAUCUGCUAAAGAAAAUGGACAAGACAGCUAUACCUUGCAGGAAGCUAAUGUGGAUCCACAGCUUACAGAUAACAGAGUCGAAGAGCGUUACCUAACAAGCAAAAAACAGAAGCGUGGCAUUGGAAGAGGUGUACUUAUAGAGCUUGGCACUGAUUCCUCUGAAGAGCUUUUUAUGCCUGCAAGCAAUACUGGCAGGUUAGAAGACAAAGAAGAGCUAGAAGAAUUUAAGAGUGCUGAGAAGUAUGGAAGUUCUUGCAAUACACAGUCACUCAAGCUGGGUGCUGAAGAAAUAACUUUACCGGAUGUGAUAGGUGAAACUGAUUUCUUGAAGGAAGCUUUGAGCAAGAAAAGCAUGCUGAACAUCACUGAACAUGUCAAAUCUAACCACGUAAAUACAAUUGAGGGUCAGAGUUCUCCUUCAAAUGUUUUUGAUGCAGACCUACUCACAGAGCAGUGUGAUGAAAUAGGUAAUGCCAGUCCCUUAAAGAAUAAUUACACAUCUUUCUCUAAUAAUGCAGAAGAAAUGGAUGCAGAGGAAUCUCUGUGCAGUAGUAAAAACCAAGAGCUUGACUUUGAAGAUGGCUCAGAAAGUACUCUGGAUAAAAUAAAAGAGCAGGAUAUUUGUGUGCCAAGUGUGGAAGAUGUAGAAAUGUAUGAACCCGUGACUGAUUCUUUACUUGAAAAAGAACUUCCUGUGGAGAAACUGCUUCAGCUGAAGAUACCUCACUGUCCUACCCUGCAUGAGGUCUCUAGAAAGAGACUGAAGCAAAGCAUUCAGAAAGUCAAUGAAUGGUUUUCAAAAAGCAAUGAGGUUCUAUCUUCCAGUUCAUUCCAGAAUGAUCCUUCUGAAGCAACUGAUGCUUCAGGUGAAGGAGAUAUUUCUCUAUCAGAUAAAGAUUCAUGUAUUUCAGAGAAGACCAACCCUAUAGUAGAUUCUGUGGAAUUCGUACUGUUUGAAAGAAACAAGAGAUGGCCAAAACAAACAACGUAUAGCAUCAAAGACAAAAUAUUUGGGAAAACAUACGAGAGAGGGAGGAAAUCAAAUCCCUCUACUGUCUUGAGAGAUGUUUUGCCUGCUACAAAAAAAGAAGAUGCAGCUGUUGAAGAGGAGUGCUUGAAUAAUUCCAGAGAAGCCAGACUAAAACGAAAAAGGGAGCCUGCUCGUGUCCUUCAGCCUGAAGACUUCAUUGAGAAGAAAGAUCUAGAAGAGGCAGAUAGAUGCCCUCAGGGUAUUAACUCCAGCCUUGAAGGUGCUGAGAAGAGAAAAUGUGAUGGAAAUUCUGCUGUUAAAGAGAAUCCCCUCCUUGAAAAAAUAAAGGUUAGGAUGCUAACAGAAUUUGAGGAAGGAGGGUUACAGUGGAAAAAUGCUAUAGAAAAGGUGUCAGACAUGCCCUUUGAUGGACAGCUGGAACUGAGUAACUCUGAUCAGAAGAGCACUAAGAAUGCAUGUUCUGCAGCAAAAGGAUGCAGACGUUCAACUAGAACAAGGUGUGCUAUACGUUUAGUAGUUGACAGAAAUCCAGAUUCCUUUGGUCCAGAUGAGCCACUGAUUGAUAGCUAUCCAAGCAGUGAAGAACCAAACAAAGUUGAUUGUGAGCAAAGACAAGUCAGACGCAGCAGGAGGCUUCAGCUACUUUCUAAAGAGACAGGAAAAAUGAGAAUAACUAAGGAAGCAAGAAAUUCUGACAAUGGCCCAGAAGGGUCUGUCUUUGGAGUUGAAAGGAGUGUGUUAGUUCACAAUUCCCAGUGCAAAGACUUGAGGAAGCAGCAGGAUAUACUGAAUUGCACAUCACUCACUGAUCGGAAUGGUGCUGAUCUGGUAGCAAAUGGAAUACAGAUUAGUCCGAAGAAUUCAGCUGAUAUAACGAAAAACAGAAGUCUCUUCAAUCCUACGUUUUCUUGUCAGCAUUCAAAUUUUAAUUCCCCUUCACUCAAAGCAGGUUCUCAAGAAGGGGAAAUGCUAGGUAGACUUUUCCUCCUACAGUCUCCUUCAAAGACUGUUCUGGACACUGCUUCCAUCCUGACUGAAGAGAAGAGGUCUGGGUCAGGGACUGUUUUUCCCCAGGACAAAGGAUGCUGUUCACAGAAUGUUCCCAAGGACUUCAGAAUUGAAAAGUCACCAAUGGCUAAAAACGUUUCAGAAUUGACCGUGGAAGCUGAAGACAGUGAGUUAGACAUGCAACAUCUGCGAAAUACAUUUAGGAGUUCAAAACGGCAGUCUUUUAGUCUUUAUCCUGCUCCCAUGAAGACAUGUACCACAGAUGAUGUUGAAUCUGAAAAAUUGAAUACUCUGUGUCCUGAUCAAGUAGAAAAAAGGCAUAGUAAAUAUUUUAUGACAGAAAACUUACAAGAAAAGAAAAAAACUGCGGAAAAUUUGAGUAGUGUUUGUGAGAAGUUUAAGACAUGUGAAUCUGCUUGUGUUAGUCCUGUGUCGUGCUCUGUCAGCAAUGCUGAACGUGUGCAUGCUGUGGAGCAUCAAGAAGAUAUUUUAAAUGUUGCAAAUCAUGGGAAUCUGGCGACACUAGUAAGAGUGUGUGCUGCUAGGAAUGAAGGCAGAAACAGACCACAAGAGGGAGAGCAGGAGAGUGAAAAGACAUUGUCAGCUGACAUAGGGGUAGAAAGCAAAUUGAGACUGAGUCCAGUUGGAAGCAAUAGAAAUCUCAGUGAUCGGAGUCAUGCAGAAGAGCGUGCUUUCCAAAGAACAGACCUGAACACAGUCAGUGAAACAUACUUCAGUUCAGAAAGCAAUCAAGUGGAAAAUGCUGAAGUUGUUGAUGGCAAAGCACCAAUGCAACGUUUUCAGCCCAGUCCAAUGGUUUGCCCUACAGCUUGUCAACAAAAUCCAGCUGAGUUCAACUGCAGAGUCACUGAAAAAAAAAUUAGCAAAAAAGAGGAAAGUCUGAUAAAGGGCAAUGAAGAGCGAGUAAUCCAAACUGUCAGCACAGGGUUGUCAGAGUAUUUAGUUAGGGAGGCACUAGAAGAAUCUCUUAAAGUCCGCAGUGAUUUUACGGAUCUGUCUGAAACUCCUGAUGGCUUACUGUGUUCUGACAAUGAUACUGAAGAUAGUGCCAGUUUUUAUGUAACUAAUAAGAAAGACACAUCUGCUGUGUUUGUAAAAAGAAGCGGUGCUGCCCUGGUGAACAUAGUAAAUGAUUCAGUUGUUAGCUGUAAGCCAAGAUCUGAAGGUAUUCAGAGGUCUCGGAGAAGAGCCCAGAAACUGCAAUCUUCAGAUGAAGAAUCUAGUGAGGAUGAAGAUUUACCAUGUUUUCAGGAAUUAAUGUUCGGCAAAUCAGUAAGCACACCUUUGCAGAUCAAAAAACAGGUGACAUCUGUGGUACAGUCUUCAGCAAAUCCCAGCAUGUUGCCUCGCAGUGAAUGUCUUAAUGAAAAUAAUGAACAGAAAACACUUGAAGCUGCCCUAAGCAAUGAGUGUGUUUCACCAAGCCAGGAGUCAGAAUGCUCUGUGAAAUUAUUUUCUUCCCAGUCUAACAUAUCUGAAGAAUCAGUUGAUGGAGCACAGGAGCUGAGGAAGACUUUAACACAAAUGAGCGCCAGAAAUAAGAGUAAGGAAGCUCUUCAAAGUUGCAGUGGAGGGCUGAAGAGAAGAAAAAAUGACUCCAACGAUGAGUACCAAGAAGAUCCAAAUAUGGGGGCAAACCUAGGUGAAGCAUCUGGAUAUGACAGUGAAACAAGUCGUGUAGAGGAUUCACAUGAACCAUUUUCUCAGGGUGAAAUUCUUUCUACACAGCAGAAGAAUGCUAUGCAGAAUAACCUAAAAAAGCUACAAGAAGAAAUGGCUGUGCUUGAAGCAGUGCUAAAGCAGCAUGCAAGUCAGGACACUGAGGUAUUGCCCUUAUGUAGAGAACUGCCAUAUUCCAGUAGUGGAGGAACGCUUGGAAUGGAGCAGAUGAGACAAGAAACGGAAAAUGCAUCUGAGCAUGACUCUGAGACCAAGCUAAGUAAGGCACCUGUUUUACCAGUUCUCUGCAGAAAUGUGACCAGCAAUCCAAAUAGCUCUUCCUCCUCCGUAAAGCACCCUUGCCCUCAAACUGCACAAACAAAUAAUUCUGCUGUAGCUCAGUGUGAUAACAAAAGCAGUGUUCGAGUACGUGAAUCAAAGAGAAAUGUAUGUUUUCCUACAUCUGUAUUGCACAAUGCAGCUGGGAAAGAAAAUGCUGCAAGUUCAGGUACAACUUACAGGACAGAAAUGUCAAUUGUGGCAUCCGGUCUGAACCAAAAUGAACAUUUGAUGGUCCAGAAGUUUGCCAGAAAAACUCAGAGCACUUUCUCUAAUCACAUUACUGAUGGAACGACCCAUGUCAUAAUGAAAACAGAUGAGGAGCUGGUAUGUGAACGGACAUUGAAGUACUUCCUGGGUAUCGCAGGAAGAAAAUGGGUAGUUAGUUACCAGUGGAUAAUUCAGUCUUUUAAAGAAGGCAGGAUACUGGAUGAGGAGAACUUUGAAGUUAAAGGAGAUGUAAUCAAUGGCAGAAACCACCAGGGUCCUAAGAGGGCUAGGCAAUCUCUCGCUGAAAAGAUCUUUAAAGACUUCGAGAUCUGCUGCUAUGGACCUUUCACUGAUAUGACUGCAGGACAUUUAGAGUGGAUAGUGGAGCUUUGUGGUGCCUCUGUAGUGAAACAACUUCAUCUGUUCACGCACAAAGUAAAUUCUACUGCUGUUGUUGUUGUGCAGCCAGAUGCUUGGAUGGAAGGCACAAGUUAUGAAGCAAUCCAGCAAAAGAACAAUGUUGCCGUGGUGACUCGAGAGUGGGUGUUAGACAGUGUUGCUUGCUUUGAGUGUCAGGAGUUGGACGCUUACCUUGUGUCCUGAGACUGAUCUGCAGUUCUUUUUCUGUUGCACAAUUACUCAAGUAUUAAGAACUAUGGAUUUCUAAGCAACAAGCAGAGAUUAUGUGCUUGUAGUAGUCUUUUUCAGAGUUAAUAAGUACAUAUUUAUUAACAAUGAAAAUACUUAAGUAACAUCACUGUAUAAAUUACCACCUUUGUUGCCAUCUUGUUCUUUAAAGAUUAACAUUUCUAAUCUCAAAAUAGUCCUUUAAAAUUCAUGUAAAGUAAAUCAAAAAGGUUAGAACCUAAAUAGAGGGGGGAAGGGGGGGGGGGGGGGGAAUCUAGAAUAUGGCCUCCUCAGAGAAACAGCAAUGCAUUAUUUACCAUCCCAGCCAGUUCCUGUCUGUGUAUUUAAGGACAUCCUGAAGGCAUACUUAUUUACAAGAGUAAUACUGGGCUCAGGGUGAGUUAAAAUAUACUUGCAUUCCUGAAUAAUCUUCAUAUCUUCAUUUUGCCUAAAUACGUACCCUGAAUAAGGAUAUGUGUAUUUCAAUAUGAAGAAACACUAUUUUGUGGUUACCAGUACAUGAAUAAUCUUAGGCUGUGGACUACAGCCGUUUUGAAAACUACAAACAGCACUCCUGUUGUAGAACACUUUGAUAACAGUUUAAACUAUGUGAUCACACAAGUGAGCUAUACAACUUGUACUUGAUUCCUAAUACAAACCAAUUCUUAAAACAGCAAGCCUAUGCCAUUGUUCUGUUGCUCUUCUGAGUGUAUGUGGCAACAAGGAAGAAAUGAUAAAUAGAGGCACUUUAUCCUAGUGACUUACAAUAAGCUCUGUAAGAAUCUGUUUCUAGUAGUCCCUGUCUGCAGAAUGAGACUGCAAAGAAGAUAUAUUGCUUUUUAUGGAAGAAAAUAUGUUGCUUCUUUGUUUCCAAGCAGUUCAACUUCAUAAAUAGUUCUGUACCUUCAGAACCUGUUUUCAUGAAGUUGUUUUUUUUUAAAAAAAAAAAAAAAAAAAAAAAAAAAAAAAAACCACAACUUACAGAUAAGUUAAGAUCAUCAUUUGGUUCUUGAAUAGUGUUAGAUUAUUUUUUAAUCUUACAUAAAAUAUGUUUAUAAAUGUUGCAGUGUUAAAAUUGAUUUUGACAAGUGUCUCCCUUAUUCACAUAAGAGCAGAACAAAUCAGACAUUUACAAAAUGUCCGAAAUCCAGCCUCAUGCACAGGGACAUGUAGAGGCAAAAUCUGCGUUCUUGACAUCAAGCUCAGGCUAUGAAUUGAUAGGAGCCUAGGUGCAUUGGAGUGAUGGUUCACUGUGUGUGAGGUUUUCAAGACAACUUGAGGGUGAGACAAUUGACUUAGUGUUUUAUGACCAGGGUGAAAAAGGACUAACUACAAGCUGUGCUGGGGCUGUCUUGCUGCCUCUUCACCAGAACAAAUGAGUUAAAUAUUGCUGUGCAGCUGCCCUACCUUACCAGAGAAACUGUCAACAAACUAUGUGUGCAAAGAAAGCUGUCCAGAACUUACUUUCUAAUACAUGAGAAUGGAAUCAUGGUUGAAAUUCAUGUAUGUUAAUAAAGUAUGACUCUGUCUUGCAUUGUUAUUGGCCAUGCUUAUGUGAGAGGCAGCAGCGAGUAAGGAGCCUAUUACUAAUUCAGACUGUCCUUUACAUUUUGCUGCUAGGCAGCAAGAAUUUAUGCAGUGACAGAAUCCACUCAGGUUACAUUAAUGUGGCUGGAAUAAAUGUGUAAUUGCUAUUUGCUCCAUAGCUGUUGUGGAGCCUGCAGACUGAAGCAAUAGGGAGAGGGUCUGGGGCCUGUAGGGGGUAAUUAAGCAUCACAGUAAAAAAAAUAUAUAUUGCUCAGUAGUUGUUCAAAGCUCUUUGCAUUUGGUAAUGUUGAAUUUUGAUGCUGGAUUCUAAUGCUCUUCAAAGGGAGUUUCUGGCUGUUAAGAGAACAAAGCAGCAAAUUUCUUCCUGAAAUUUUGAAUUUAAAAUGCUUGUGCAGUGCCUCUAAUGCUUUUCUCCUUACCGUACCAGGUGUUUUACAUGGAGAGAGGUGAGACUCAGCCAUAUUGAUGCUACUUUUAUUUUUUUUUUUUUUCCUCUUUUCUUGCUCAGAACUCUAAAAUGCUGGAGUCUAGGUUGUAGCUGCUGCUGCAGUGGGAAACACCUGUGUGGCUGGGCUUUUAAAGGCUGGUCUGUGGGGAGGGUCCAUAUGCUAGAAAUGCUAGUUGGGUUUGUUUAACUUGAAGAAGACUACAGCAGCAGAGGAUAGUGAAUAUAAUUGAGAAUCCCCACCGAUACACCUCCAAGUUUAUCUAAGUUUUUACUACAAGCUCAGUUUGCAAGAGGGGACUGGGAUACUGCUUCCUCCACCUCUGGCUGUCAGCCUACAGGUACGCUGUCAGCAGUAAAUGUUUGCUGGGGAGCACUGUUGUACUCACAGUAUGUAGUGGACAGCUGUUUUUGUUUAAAAGAGAGGUGAAUGAGGGACUUGCUUUCCCUGCUACAAUAUAGAGAUUUAUAAAAGUAUUUACUAGCAGAGCGUUGAGGUCAUUACAGAUUGUAAAUAAGAUUCUUUAAGGUUUGCUCUGAAAAAAAUAUCAAAGUUGCAAGUUCGUUUACUGUAUGUAUGAGGCAAAAGAAGGUGAAAUCAGUGGCUGGGAUUCCCACAGCAGGCUCUGCUCAAGGCUUCCUGAAGCAUCUUUCUUUCUCGCUUGAAGUUGUAAAGAAGAGGAGCUUUUUAGCUUGUGGUUCCUGCCUUGUAGCUUCACUUUGUGAUUUUUGUUUGAAAGAGGGCUUUAAUGCAAAAGCAUGUCCUUAAUGCAUGGAGACUCUGUGUUAGCUACCUCCUCUCUUGGGAUGGCUGCUUGCUGCUCCUGGCUCAGAACUGGAGAGGAGUUGUGUGACACAGGGCUUGCAGAAGGAAAGCUGGGUGGGCUCCAGCAGGGCUGCAGCACUGUCUGGAUGGGAUCCUGCUCUGUAUAGCCCCACAGAGGAGCAACCAUUCAUGAGACUUCAUUGAUUUGUGGAGAGUCCCUGGGAAUGCAGACUGGCUUGUUUUGAGGUAGAUAUUUGUCCAACAAGGGUAUUUUUUUGCAACUUUGUUCAGCUGCUACAGGCAGUCUUCUGUGUCCAUGCCUCUUAUUUGGAAAAGUGUUCCUUCUGAAUUCUGUGAAGUUACACAUAUUUGAGUACCUGACCUACUAAUACUGUGGAUGAGCAGUAAUGACUACAUGUACAACUUUUUGCUAAACUUGAUUAUUCUUAAAAAGCUUCUCUGUGCAUUAGGAUCCAUACACAAAGGAUUAUUUCCUUGCAGAUCUGGAGCCAUUCUGAGCAGCUUAUUCAUGGAUGCAAUUAGAACGCUUGUCUGACUUGUCACUAGAGUUAAUGGUAAAUCAA